CUUGCAUCCUUGACCACCUCCAACCAGCAAGGAAUAACAAAUCCAAUGGGUCUUAAGCGGCCGGCAGAGGACGAUCUCUCACCAACUGGAAAGGUGGCUAAAGCCAAAAUAGAAAGCGAUUAUACUCUUGCCUUCCCAAGCCUUUCACAUCCAGCCUCACAUCCACCCGCAUUUCAGCGCCCUAGUCAACUUCUCACGUUUUCCUACUCGCCUUCUCGCGUUUUACAAUUUGAUGACUCUGCAUUGCGCUAUUUCGUCAAUCCACCGCAUGGUGCAGAUCUCAACUAUGGUUACGAGAAUUGGACACGGCGCCCGGAAGAACGUGGACGCAUCGAUGGUUUAUUGAGCGCGUGGUCGCGGUUCAAGAAAAGUCUCAAUGGGCAAAAUCCCGAGAUUGGAGUGAUAAGCUGGAGAGGGGUUAUCACCAAAAUAUUAACGGCACCUUACGAAGAGCGAGAUGUUUGGGAGCUCAACGUGAUGUGUGUCGAUGGUACUAUGUACUUUGAGGAGCAUCUAUCAGAUGCGAAACUAAAGGAAAAGAGCGAUCUGGAACCUCGGCAUCGACUUCAGUCUUACUAUGGAUAUUCAUUUGAAUCGUAUUGCACAUCGUCAACUCCCGACGAACAUGAACAUCAUCCCUCUGGUACAUCGGGCGCUGUUGGUUGGGGUGGUGAUGUUGAUACCAAUGUUCAGUGGUGCAGUGUUGUGAAAACUAAGUUGGGUGAUACACGGAUCAUCAUCGGUGGAGAAGUCGACUGCGUUCGAGGAAAAUAUGCGGGAAAUACUGACAACUUCGUGGAACUCAAGACUUCGCUAUCAAUACGUGGCCCACAAGACGAAGCCAAGUUUGAAAAAAAGCUUUUGAAAUUCUAUUUCCAGUCAUUUCUGCUAGGAGUUCCGGAGGUCUUUGUUGGGUUUAGGAAGCCAUCAGGAUACUUGACGACUACGCAAGUUUUCCAGACUGUACAGAUACCACGCCUGGUUCGAGGAAAACCUGGCGCCUGGGAUCCCAAUGUCUGUCUAGCAUGGGGAGAUCGAUUUCUAUCUUUCCUCAGGAACACCAUCAAAGGAGGCUCAAAGGGUAAUGUCUGGCGUAUCAAAUUCACGCCAAAGACAGGGGUCUCUGCUGUUUUGCUAGAUGAUGUGGACGUCAGGGACGUGGAAGGAGGGGAAGAUCGCGUGGGAUUUCUUCCGAAAUGGUAUUGGGAAGAAAUGAGUGGCGCUGUCGCGUACGACUCAGAAGUUAGAACCCAAACAAAGAGUGAAGGAGCGUCGUCCAAGGUAGGAACUGUUGUAGUGCCUUCUGGAUGGAAGAUAUGAGCUAAAAUGGGCGUUCAUGGAUCAUAUGCUCAUCUCAUGACUGUCAGCUAGGCUACAGCUAUAUUCUCGCGAGACGUCUUUUAGACCCACGUGAACUCCGGUUAUCAACCAGUUUGUAUCCUGUUAUCUCAAUCCCAUGUCGUUCAAGCGGCCGAUCCCCACCGAUCAAACAUAACUCACUUCGACCAUAUGGUUUCUGUCCAGGACGCACUACACGCUCUCGAUCAGCGUGAAAGAAAGUGUAGAUAAAAACGUUGUCUAGAUGACUCUCCCGUUGAGCGUGAAGAAUAUUUCACUGUGAAUUCUGAACCAUUA